CAACACAUUCGUUAUUAACAAACAUGCACUUGUCCAAAUUAUGCCGGGUCUUAAACACAAAAAUAUUACAAAAUAAUUUACAACAAUCUGGAAGUGAUGUACGACGACUGGCUAGUAAUUACAAAAGACCACAUUUAAGCACUAAAAGUGACCAAUUGCUUGAAAUAAAAAACACAUACUUUCGUAAUCGAACCGAAUUAACUACUAACGAUUGGCAAACGGUAACUGAAAUAUUAAUUAAAAAUUAUAAACAUAUUAACACAAAUAAUGUGGAUGCUGUUAUAGUGGGUGUGUGUAGCAGUGCCGAACAUUUGUUAUUGGCAAAAAGUUAUAUUAGGCAUUUGGAGGAAAAUGGUAAACAGCCCAAUGAGGCUACAUUGGGAAAAUUGCUGAAAGUGUACAAUGCUGCAUACCAUGCAAGAGGAGGCACUACAGAUGCUCUAUCCAAAGAAGAACAAGAGGAAAUAUUGGAGAUUUAUAAAAGAAUGAGGUCUAAACAUGAUAUAUUAGAUUCUUUAUCAUGCGAAAAUUUAAUUUGUGGUUUGGUAGCAACAGAAAAGUGGAAAGAAGGUUUGGAUUUAUUAGAAAUGAUGAAAAUAUCCAGUAAUGCUCCAAGUUUACCUGCCUAUACUGAAAUAAUUAUCAAAGCAUUUGCCACCAACAAUUUGUCCUUGGGAUGGCAGCUAAUGAAUCAAAUGAUUGAACAACGGAAACAGCCAAAAUGUGAAAUAUUUAUAACUUUGUUGGACACAAUUCUAAAACAUCAUGUUAAAGAUUUUCACACAGAAGUAGAAAAUAUUUUCAAAUUCCUUGAAGCUCAUGAUAUUCUUAUAACACAAAGAGUUGUCAACGCUUUACAAGACAUUGCCAUGAAACAUUCCAAUCUAUUGGUGGCAACACCUUCUCAAUUGAAACGUUACGGCAAAUGUUCUGCAUGUGGCCUUCAUAUGAAAAAUGUUUCACUGAGUGAUGAGGACUUUAAGAAAUUACAAACAUCUUUUCUAGAUAAAGUUCUAAUAAGAAAUGACGUUUUUCAAAAGUCUACACCUCAAGAAGUUAAACAAUUUUGUGACUAUGUAGAAAAAACAGGACCGUAUGAUUGUGUUGUAGAUGGUCUUAAUGUCGCCUACGCCAUGGGGAGUAAAAAACCAACUCAAGCAUUGGCAAAUUUGGUAGCAUCUGUUGUGAAAUAUUUCCACAAUAAGAAUAAGUACGUUUUAAUUUUAGGACGUAAGCAUAUGAACAAAUGGCCGAAGAAAACAAUGCAAUAUGUCAAGGAGAAUGCAGCUGUGUUCCUAGCUAAUGACAUCUCUCAUGAUGAUCCAUUUUUAUUGUAUGCCGCUUUAAAAAGUGGCCAAUCGACUGAUUUCUUUUCAAGAGAUUUUAUGCGACAACAUGCUUUUCUUCUUGGUCCCGAGCUUAAAACCAUCUUUCGCAGGUGGCAACAGGAACAUCAAUACUCACUGGUAACGCAAACAGAAAGUGGUAAAAUUAUUGUUAAGGAACCCAUACGCCAUUUAAUGUGUGCCCAUAAAGUUCAGGAUAUAUGGCAUGUGCCUUAUAAAAACGAGUUUUCUCCAAAUAUUACAGAUAGUUUUGAAAUACCUGAAAAUUGGUUGUGUUUGAAAAUUAUUGAAUAAAUAUAUAGAAAUAUGUCA